AUGGAUCUUUUCGGUGAUGGAGGCGUAAUCAAAGAAACAAUCAGCUCUAAAAGCUCUGCAAAUUCUUCAGAUGAAAGUGGAAUUCGCCAUCGCAAAACAAAUCUCCUCGAGAAAGGAAAUGAAAUUGAAAUUAAUUAUAGAGGGUUUUUUGAAGAUGGAACGGAAUUUGAUUCCUCUUAUUCUCGAAAUGAGCCUUUCUCUUUUAAGUUAGGUGAAGGGCAUGUAAUUAAAGGACUUGACCAAGGAAUAGCAACAAUGAAAAUAGGUGAGAAGGCUAAUUUUAUAAUCCGCUCUGAUUAUGCAUAUGGAGAAAAAGGAAUGCCACCAUUAAUUCCUCCGCUCUCAAUUCUAAAGUUUGAAGUAGAACUAAUAGGAAAAUCUAAGAAUAAAAAUCCAUUUAGUGAUUCAAAUCUCAGAGAAAGGCUUGAAAUUGCGAAGAAGUUAAAAGAAAUUGGCAACGAAAAAGUAAAAUCAUCUGAGUUCAAAAAAGCCAUUGAUGAGUGCUACAACCCUGCAAUUUCUUUUAUGAUUGAUUUCCCAAUCGAUGAAGAUGAAUCACCAGAUCUUCUCCAAGAACAAAAACUCUUAAAAAUCCAAUUAUUUUCGAAUUCUGCGAUAUGCUAUACAAAGCUUCAGGAUUGGGUCAAAACUAAAGAAUACUCAGAAAAGGCUUUGCAGCUUGAUCCCACUAAUAUAAAAGUCAUAUAUAGAAAAGCUUUAGCAAACUUCCAAUUAAAUUACCUUGAGGAUUCUCUUAAUGAUUGCACAAAUGGGCUUAAGCUAGAUUUCAACAAUUCAGAGUUUCUCCAUCUCCAAGCAAACAUAAACCAAAGAUUAAGAAAAUCUGUAGGAAAGGAAAAAGAAAUUUGCAAAAAAAUGUUUUCUUCGUGAAGCGAAAAAAAGUUGCCAGCCCAGCAUCAUCAAGAUAACCCAAAGUGCUAUUUCGAUAUCUCAAUAGGAAAUUCUACCCCAAAAAGAAUUGUUUUCGAGCUAUUUUCGAAUAUUGCUCCACAUACAGCAGAGAUUUUCCGAAGAUUAUGCAUUGGAGAAUUUCAAUAUAAUGAAGAUAAUCUUUACUAUCAAGGAAGCUUGAUCAAUAAAAUAAUAAAAGGGCUGAUGAUAGAAGGAGGAAUUGAAAUUGAUGCAAAAUUUGAAAACGAAAACUAUGCUUUAAAGCAUACUGAGGAAGGAUUUCUUUCGAUGACUAGCAAUGGGGACGGAACUUAUGGGACACAAUUUAUGAUAAUGCUUGGACCUGCGCCUUAUUUAGAUGGAAAACAGACUGUUUUUGGGAAAAUUAUAGAAGGUUUUGAGCUGUGCAGAGAAAUAGAAAACGUUCAAACAAAAGGUGAUGUUCCAACUAAAAUUGUUAGAAUAGUUUCAAGUGGACAAUUGGAUUAA